AUGGAGAUCGAGAACAUCGUCGCCAACACCGUCUACAUCAAGGCCCGCGAAAGUACGUUCAAUUUUCUUCUUUUAUAAUAGUCAUCAAAUUUUAAACGUCAGAAACACGUAUUUUUUGUGUCCAAAAGAUUUAUUCGGCUUUAUUAAUCGACAUUUUUCGCUUUAAAAUCCUUAUAACACGUCAUUUGACAAUUUAUUUGUAUUAAUUUUCUUUUAUAUUGUAAUACAUAUUAGUUUUUUACCUCAUGUUUACUCUCUAUCAUUCAGGUGGAGGACAGAAGAAAGGAAAAAGCAAGAAAUGGAAGACCUAUCUACAGUUCCCUCAUUACAGCCAGUGCUUGUAUUUGAGAAACGAAAUUGAGCCCAGGUAAAAGCUUACAUCCGAUUUUUGCCCGUUCAUCUUUUUAUGACUGAAACAACAUUUUUGAAUGCAUCAAGAAAUCUCUUCCUAAAGUCUUGGUACAUUAAAAAAAUAUCUCUUGUUUGUUUUUCCUCACGAAAAACGUAUGACCAGAUAACCUAAACUUGGAGAACUCUUGGUCCUUUUUAUUUCCGGCCCAUAAAUAAUACCGAAUCUCAUAAAUCAAAUUUCAGCUACUCGUAUGUCGUGGAGAGACAGCCAAUCGGGCGAUUGUUAUUCCAGCAAUUUUGUGAGGAGAAUGAUCAGUACAAUCGAUGUUGCAACUUUUUGCAACGGGUCGAGGAGUACGAGACGAGCGAUGACGAUGGCCAAAGCCGGAGGGUCUUAGCCAAUGCUAUCGCGGCGCUAUUUGCACCAGAUCCUCAGUCGGAGACAGAAAACCAGCCGUCGGUAAGAGUUUCGGAAAAUUUGUGCCUAGAAUACAGUAAUCUAUUUUUUGCUUAAAUUGCCAUUUUUUACUAACCAUCAAAAAUUGAUGCCCUUUGGUUUCUGAUGCAAAAAAUUCGUCAAAUCCAGAAUGAAACUCAAUUUUUGGUGGAUUAAUAAUUUUAACUACGCAACUCUGCUGUAUUAUCUUCCGGAAUUUUAAGCCAAUAAUAACCUUUGCGUCAGAAAUGACACUUAAUUUGUCAUCAAAAAAUACGCGACAUCAUGAACAAUGUUUUGACCAAUUGAAUCAAAAAAUUGUUCAUAAUUUCCUAAAAUAGCCUUUGAUAUUUACGUCUAUGAUCUUUCGCCGUAUUUGGGAAGUUCAUGUGAAAAUAUUAUAAUUCAAUUUUUUCAGACAUCCCAAUCCGACGAGAACUGGUGCUCUUUCUUGAACGAGGAAGUGAUAAACAAGGCCAUCCAGAAUGCAAAUGACGCUACCCACGACCAAGAGCCUUCAUCUGACAUCUUCGCCGAGGCCUACAAGUAAGUUCACAUAUAGUAAUCGCAUUACAGGAAAGGGGGAAUCAAAGUCUGAAAUCUUGGAAAAAGUUGAACUAUUGGCAAAAAAUAGUCUGCAAUUUAUUCUGGCCUAAUUUCAGACAAAUAAGAGCCUUCCUCUCCGCCGAUCCCUUCAAAACAUUCCUCGAUUCCAUGUACUUCCAUCGAUAUCUUCAAUGGAAAUGGUUGGAAAAACGACCGGUCGAUAAGCAUACGUUUCGUUUGUACCGAGUACUGGGAAAAGGAGGAUUCGGCGAGGUCUGCGCUUGCCAGGUCCGUGCCUCCGGUAAGAUGUACGCAUUGAAGAAAUUGGAGAAGAAACGAGUCAAGAAACGCCACGCCGAGACCUUAUCCUUGAAUGAGAAGCAGAUCCUUCAGAAAAUCAACUCUCCAUUCGUCGUCUCGUUGGCCUAUGCCUACGAAACGAAAGAUGCUUUAUGUUUGGUGCUUACACUGAUGAAUGGUGGCGAUUUAAAAUUCCAUCUUUAUACGCUGUCACCUGGGGGUUUCGACGAAAAACGAGUUCAAUUUUACGCCGCAGAAAUCACAUUGGGAUUGCAACAUUUACAUCGAGAACGGAUAUUAUACAGAGAUCUGAAGCCGGAGAACAUUCUGUUAGACGAUUAUGGACAUGUGAGGAUAUCGGAUCUAGGGUUGGCAGUUGAAUUGAGGGAGAACGAGCCUAUCAAAGGAAGGGUCGGGACAGUAGGGUAUAUGGGUAAGUUGACAUUGCCAGAUCUCAUUUGUCUUUGCAUCCAAUCUCCCCAUUUUUUGCACUUUUAGGCCAUGCUCCUUCUAUUUUUACAGUCGCGAACCUACAGAGUUUGAUUUGCACUAUAAACAGCGUGAAAUGCGAUAUUAUCCAUGACAUUUCCGGCUUUGCCUUCAUAAGUCAUUCUGUCCAAAAAGCACGUCUACUUGUUAUAUUUCCGUUCAUUUCCGGUCCAGGAAACAUUGACAAUCCCCAAACAUUUAUUUUUAGCGCCGGAGAUUGUGAAGAACGAGCGAUAUUCGUACGGCGUUGAUUGGUGGGGACUGGGAUGUCUCAUCUUCGAAAUGAUUGAGGGAAAGGUGAGCUGUCAGCCGGCCCGGAACAAGUGUCAUGCCAACUAUAUUUCGGGAUAACAAGAUGGAAUACCGAAAAAAACAAAACAGAUCUUCGGCCGAUCACACGGCGAAAAACACUUUUCGUACGGCCAAGCAAACUCAACUACCGUAAUUACACAUGGACCGUGCAAACGGGAUUUUUUAUAAGACAUCAGGAGAAAACAUGAAUCCAGUUUGGCACUUUCCCCAUAAAUCAUCAAAGGCAUCAUUAAAAUAUACGGAGAUAUAAGCAUUUUCUUUAAGGCGCCAUUCCGUCAACGCAAGGAGAAGGUAAAACGAGAAGAAGUUGAGAGAAGAGUUCGUGAAGAUCAAGAAAAAUACACCGACAAGUUCAGUGAUGCUGCGAGGACUUUAUGCAGGGGACUAUUACACAAAGAACCUGGAUUUCGAUUGGGUUGCCGCAGGGUUCACAAACUAGAGGAAGGAGCAGAAGAAUUGAAAGCGCAUCCUUUCUUUAUGACUGGAGACGCAAAUACUGGCAGGGAACCGGUUCCAUGGAAGAAAAUGGAGGCUGGGAAGGUAAGUUGGACAAAUAGGACCAUCAAACAAAGUAUCUAUGCAACAAAGUAUCAUGAUGAUGACCAAUCUAAUGUAACAUCGAUUUUCUUUCAGCUGAGUCCCCCAUUCUGCCCAGAUCCUCAUUCCGUGUAUGCCAAGGACGUUCUGGACAUCGAGCAGUUCAGUACAGUCAAAGGAGUUCGUCUCGAUUCGAAUGACAACACUUUUUAUGACAAAUUUAACACCGGCUCCGUGUCAAUUCCUUGGCAAAACGAAAUCAUCGAAACUGAAUGCUUCAAUGAGCUGAAUAUCUUCUACAAGGACAACCAAAUAGUUCCAGAUCUGCGUCCAGAGAAUUCGAUUGACAACCUGAACAACAUCAAUGGGAAACAAGGAUUCUUUUCGAAGCUCUUCAAACGCAAAGUAAGUGGAUAUUUUGUUGUAGUAAAUGUCGAUAGCCAUAGUAAAAUCAGUAGUGGAAUAAAUGUAGUCUCACAAAAAACCUUUCGCAGCCUCUCAACGUUCUCUUACACUACUGUUUUAGCCGCAUUUACUCUACUCCUUAAGCCGCUUUUCUCAAUGUGGUGUAGUCUUGUGCCCCGUACUCCCUUACUUUCGGUGUUCGUCCGAUUAUAUUCAUUUUUAACGUUUUUCUCUUUUGUUUAGACACAAAAGAAGAUCUGAUCCCGAGAAGUGGCCUUCCGGACCUCCAGAAAACAAGGUAAUUUUCAUGUUUACCCUAACACUUACACCUGCUUUCUUGGUUCUUUUUUAUUUCGAUUUUAGUUUUUAUAAUCCACAAGGUUCUCGUUUUUUUAACCUAAUGCACGUAUUUUUUGUUGUCAAAGGCUAGGAAACAAUAUUAAUUUAGCUAAAGUAAGGUAAAUAUCUCAUUUCAAAAAAAUCAAUGCUUGAGCCCCUCUAUUAAUAAAUAAUUUAAUUCGAGCUUAAUUAAAUUAUCAUCUUAAUUUCAAAGUUUUAAUUGUAAAAUCACCAAGCUAUAUCACCUGUCAUCCACACUUUUAACCUUAUUUUCCCCCACCUAUCAAUCUACUAUCAUAUAAAUUUUCUGUCCUAAAACAGCACAAUUUCAGGAUCGACGACAGAUAUACUUCCAUCGCAGCUCAUUCGGCGUCGGCGAAGCCAUGGGCUGUCGUCGAUGCCAUCACACCCGCACUGAGGGACCUUGUACUUGCCAUACCUGCCGUUCCGAGCAUGAUCUUCGCAUGCUGAAGCUGAAGAACGGUCGCCAAUCUCUUCAGCCGUCCACCUCGAAUGGCGGGCAGAUCCAGCACAGCCCCACCACUCCUUUCGAUACCAACUCUCUUCCCCCACACCACUGA